AUGGUGUGCCUGCGUAUAUCUCCGACGCGUCACGGGGAUGCGCAGGCCAACGAAAAAUUUGCCCGAAUUCUCAGCAGCGACAAGGAUUCCCCUCAAAAACUAGCUCAUCCAGCGGUACUGCACAAGCUCCAGCGCCAGGCUCGCUGUCUGCAAGACGAAAAUACUAUUGCUCAACCGCAACCAGACUGUCCACGAAAACACCAACAUGCGAGUGUCGGUCCAGAUGAACUUGUCCACUACCUUGGUUGUCUCGUUAGUCUACGAGAUAUUUUCAAUGAUAAUCGACUCCACGUUCUUGGAAGGCAUGGACUAAGACCUGAGCAUAAAUACAGUGUGUCUACUAGAAGGCGCCGCUCUGUGAAAGCAAAUGCCAGAUCUGAUAAGCCCCGGACAAACUCGGCUACACGCCCUCUUUGGAAAACGUCGGUAUUGAUUUGUCGGACGGAAACUUGUGGCAAGGGAUUUUUCACGCUUCACGACCUCCUUACCUCAGAUCUCUUGCGGUCGUCUUGA